AUGUAUUAUCUGUCCUUCUUGAGUAAGGAAGGAGGUUCCACUGGAUUUCCCAUUGCUCAUAAUGUUGCCACUUGGUCCACAGCACUGUCAGAUAUUCCUCGUCUGCCUCAAGAUGAUGUUUCAGGGAAGAACCUUGCUCUUCGGGGAAUCAGUGUCAGCCUGGAGACAUCAGCUUUAUGGGAGGCAUUUAAUAGUCUGGGUACAGAGAUGAUUGUCACAAAGGCAGGAAGGAGAAUGUUUCCCUUAUUUCAAGUUCGUCUUUGGGGGAUGGAUCCAACUGCUGAAUAUUCUCUUCUUCUUGACUUUUUGACGGUUGGAGAUAAAAGAUACAGAUAUGCUUUCCAUUCUUCCUCUUGGUUGGUUUCGGGACCUGCUGAUCCAGCACCACCCAGCCGUCUUCACUUCCACCCAGAUUCACCUGCUAGAGGAGCACACUGGAUGAGGCAAACUGUCUCCUUUGAUAGGCUUAAACUUACCAACAACACACAGGAUAUGAGAGGACAUAUUAUUUUGAACUCUAUGCACCGGUAUCAGCCAAGGCUUCAUGUUCUGCUUUCAGACAGACAUUGUGGAGGGGAGUCUCGAGCUGCACAGAACUUUGUCUCUUUUAUAUUCCCUGAGACUCAGUUCACUGCUGUAACUGCAUAUCAAAAUCAGAGGAUUACUCAGCUAAAAAUUGCUAGCAAUCCAUUUGCUAAAGGAUUUCGAGACUCAGAAGCUGAUGACUGGUCUUUGUCCUGCAGUCAGAUACACCUGAGGUUACAUAUGAAGGACAAGUCAGAGAAAGAUUGCUCUUCAUGGGGUUUCCCCCCUCUUUUUGCUCAAAGUGCCAAGCCACAGAAUACCCACCUAUGCACCAUACCAUGUGAUGAGUCCAAGCUGUGUCAUUAUGAACAUACUGAAAGAAGCCAGAAUUCCACAGAACUCUAAAACCAGACAUCCCUACUUUUGCUGAGCAUUUAGGUUUGCACCUAGGAUUUACUAUAACAAUAAAUGUCCAGUGAGUGUGAUUACUUGGCUGUAAUAUAAUUUUUGGUCACUCGGUGAAUGAUGACAGAUGAUAUAAAUUUAAUGACAAAAAUGUAUGUUAAUUCUGUAGUUGAAGAUCACAUUCGGAUGUUAAGCAGGAAUAUUCAGAAAUUAAACUCUCCCUUUAAAUAACAUAAUGCAUUAUUAAAUGAUGCAAGGUUGAGCUGUUUCCCAGCUUUUUAUUGUUUGACUGUGAAUUUAUUUUAUUACCUUUGAAUUUACUAGUAUUUGUAUUAUAAAAUAUGUGUGCAUGUGUGCAUGCACUAGUAUGUUUACAAGUAAUGUGUGUGUAGUCUGUAGUUUGUGUUCUUUUACUUUAACACCUAUUAAAUCAUCCAUGGUGUCAUGAAAACCUUGUGAUUUUAGGAUGUCAGGAUCUUUCUUUUCUUUUCUGGUGUAUUCCUCUGCCAUUUACAACCCAUUAUCAGAACUUUAAACCCAAAAAUCCUUACUUUUGCUGUGCAUUUAGGUUUGCACCUGGGAUUUACUAUCAAAAUAAAUGUCCUGUGAGUGUGAUAACUUGGCUGUAAUGUACUUUUUGGUUACUCAUUGGUGAAUGAUGACAGAUGAUAUAAUAUUCAAUGACAAAAAUGUAUGUGAAUUCAGUAGUUUGAGAUCAUAGUCAGAUGUUAAGCAAGAAUAUUCAGAAAUUAAACUCUCCAAUCAAAUAAUAUAGGGUUAGAUGACGAGUGGAGCGCUAUUGUUAGUGAGAGAAAUCCAUAUUACAAGUGGUGUGCUGUUGAAGCUAUUUAAAAUUAGUUUAAGCGAACUCGCAGUAAUUUAUGCUCCACAUAUUUUCUGUGAGCGGCAUUGAACGGAAAUGUCAGCCUGUAUUACAAGUUGAAAGAAAAUGCGCUCAAACGCGAUCACAUUUAAUGCUCAAACUUUUUACACAACCUGAAAGGUCGCGUAAAGAGUUUGGCUGGAGGAAACUGUGCUAAACUCUAUUAACACGUAAACCGCCACACAAACUACCCAUCUUCUCUAUUAACCCUUAAACCGCCACACCCUACUUUGCAAACUACCCCUCUACUCUAUAAACUCCUUAAUCUGCACACCUCAACAUCGCAAGCUACCCCUCUACUCUAUUAACCACAAAACUGCCACACACCCACAUUGCAAACUACCUCGCUACACUAUUAACCCCUAAACCCCCACAACCCCAUCGCAAAAUAUCCACUAACAUCUAAACCCCCUAACCAGCUAACAUUACAUUUAAAAAAAACAAAAAAAACUAAUGUUACAUGGAAAAACCCUACCAUUACAGAAAAAAAACUAAUUCCAAAAAAUAAAAAAACAGUGAUGCCUAUUUUAAAAGUCUCAUUUAAAAAAAGAACCCACCCAAAUAUAAAAAACGUAUACUAAAACUUAACUAAACUAUAGCAAUAGCCCUUAGAAGGGCUUUUUCUGGGGCAUUGAGCUCCUUUUCACAAAAAUAAAUACUACUACAUUCUAUAAGUAACCCCCACCCCAAAAAAAAGGUUAUCUUAAAAAACCUACACUACAAAUUGCCCUGAAGAGGACCUUUGGUUGGGCAUUGCCCUUAGAAGGGCAUUUAGCUCUUUUGUUGCCCAAAAACCCCAACCCUAUUCUAAAAAAUACCCCAAAAAAUCCUAUCACUAAACCCCAAAGAUUGUACUUACCAAAGUUGAUCCUACAUGGCAGCGGCGGUUCAUCUUCAUUCCGGCGGCGGUCUUCUCUCUUCAUCUAUUAUCUUCUUGUCUUCUGAUCCAACGUCCUCUUUAUGCAGUCACCCGCCCCACAAUUAAUUUUUAAUGUGAGGUACCCCCUUUAUAUAGGGGUACCCUUGCAUUCCUAUUUGAUAGUUUUCAUUCUCAAACUUAAAUCAGCAAAUACAAUGAAAGCUUUGGUAAAAAAACAAAAAACAGGGGGGUGUUAGAUUAGGGGGUUUAGAUGUUAGUUGGUAUUUUGCAAUGGGCUUUGUGACGGUUUAUGGGUUAGUGCAUUGGGUACUCUGCGAUAUUGGGGUGUGGCCGUUUAGGAGUUAAUACUGUAGUGGGUACUUUGGGAUGUGGGGGUGUGACCUUUUAGGGGUUAAUAGUGUAGUGGGGUACUUUGCAGUAGGCUAUGUGGUGGUUUAGGGGGCUUAUGAUGAUUUGGGUAAUUGCAGAUAUGUGGGUUUUUUCUCACUUCAUUGAAGUCUAUGGGGGAGUAGGUAAAAUAGGUAAAAUGAAGUCACGAUAUUCUAACUUCGACUCAGUUAGCACUAGCAAAAAAUGUUUUACUUUCAACUUGUAAUACGCAUGCUACUCGACACGCCCAAAUAUCCAAAGUUCCGCUUCACUUGUAAUCUUGUCCUUUUUUUUACCUUUGAAUUUACUAGGACAGGACAACCAGCCUUGCAAAGAAAUAUACUUUUAUAAGUAAUAAUGCCUUAAAACAAUAAAGAAUGCAAAAUAAAUGGUGUUUAGUAUUAAAAUGUUCCCUGCGACCUAAAAACUGUAUUGGGCCAGCUGGCAGAUAACUUAAUUGUUUCUUGAAAAUGUUAUAUUACUAGAAUAAAUUCAGGAUUGGCUCUAGAAUGUAAGGUUGUAAAUGUUGAGUGUGGACUAUCUCACUGCCUCUAACCCAGAUAGGCUGGGUUAGGAACCUGAGAUUAUUUUCUCAUGUAUAAUUGUAAAAAAAUUACACAAUAACUUUGUCAUUUUACAUGGGAAGCUGUUCAUAACAGAGUGUCUGACCGUUUUUUAAUUUUUAUUUCCCUGGAAGCAGAAACUAUAUUCUUCGGGUAAAGUUCUUAAGUUUUUUUUUUUCUCAAUUUUUUUUUAAAAACUGUUUGCUUGUGUGUGAAUUGUUUGAUAACUGUUUCUUUUUUAAAUCAAUGCAUUGUGCCUCAUGUUUUGCUCAUAAUAAAUGCUCCUUUGUUAA